AUGGACUUAGUCAAUAGGAUCAUGCAAAGCCUCGAAGUCACUCAUGAGCCCAAUCUCACGCUCGCCGAGCAGCUCAUCACCAACGAAGAUAUGCUGCCUGUCGAGCCAGAGAAACGAACAUGGCGUGGAUACAACUACGUCGCCUUCUGGAUAGCAGACAUGUUUAAUAUCAACAUGUGGAUGAUCGUAUCCUCCAUGAUCCAACUAGGAAUGUCAUGGUGGCAAGCCUGGAUAUGCGUAUGGCUGGGUCAGGGCAUCGCCACGCCGUUCCUUGUCCUGAAUGCGCGUCCCGGUGCCGUUUUCCAUGUGACGUUCCCAAUCGUGAACCGCGCCAGCUUUGGGAUGUUUGGCAGCCUGUGGUGUGUCUUUAAUCGCGCUGCUAUGGCAUGCAUAUGGUAUGGUGUCCAGGCGAGCAUCGGCGGUUCCUGUGUGCUCGUGAUGCUCAGAGCCAUGUGGCCUAGCAUCAAUGACCUGCCCAAUUCAAUGCCUGCAUCCUCAGGAACGGACACUCGAGACUACCUGUGCUUCUUCCUCUUUUGGCUCAUUUCACUCCCGGUCAUUUGGUUCCCUGUGCACAAGGUCCGCCACUUCUUCCUUGUGACGCCUGUCCUGAUGCCCAUAGCCUCAAUCACAUUCCUGGUAUGGUGCAUCGUGAAAGCUCACGGAAUUGGCCCGAUCAUUCACCAACCUUCCACGCUGCACGGAUCGAAACUAGGCUGGGCCAUGGUGGUCAGUACCAUGUCAUGCAUCAGUAACAAGGUGACACUUGUCACAAAUGCACCGGACUUUGCCUCGCGAGCACGCACCCCAUCUGCCGCGCUAUACCCGCAACUAUUUGCGAGUCCUCUCACCGCGUCGUUUGUGUGCUUGAUUGGUAUUCUUGUGAGUUCGUCGUCACAGGCAAUUUACGGGAAAGCCAUCUGGUCGCCCAUUAAUCUGUUGGGAAAUUUCUUGAAUGACAAUCCGUCGAAAGCCACAAGAUUCGGGGUAUGGUUUAUCUCCGCGUCAUUCAUGAUCUCGCAGGUGACGACAAACGUCUCUGCGAACUCAGUAUCGGCAGGAUGCGAUUUGACCGCCCUGUGCCCUCGUUUCAUUAACAUUCGACGUGGCGGGUAUAUUGCUGCCACCGUCGGUCUGGCCAUGUGUCCGUGGAACGUUCUGAAGAGUAGUAAUGAGUUUACCUCUUACCUUUCUGCAUAUUCCGUGUUCCUGAGCUCCAUUGCUGGGGUAAUGGUGACGGAAUACUAUAUCGUCCGCAAGGGUCACUAUAACGUAAAGGAUCUUUAUAAUACCGAGAAGGGCAGUUGGUACUGGUAUACAUAUGGGGUCAACUUCCGGGCAUAUGCCGCGUAUAUUUCUGGAAUCCUUAUCAACGCUGUCGGUUUCGCUGGAGCGACUGGGCGGAUAGUUCCCCUGGCAGCUACCCGAAUAUACGAGCUAUCUUUCUUUACGGGCUUCGGGGUUUCUGCAAUUGUCUAUUGGGCGCUGAAUCGUGUUUUCCCAGUAGUUGGCGCCGCUGACACGUUCGAGGAAAUCGACGUGUCUGAGUAUGAACAUAAGUCGAGUGGUUUGCGGGACGUUGAGGGGGGACACAUAGAUAUGAAGGACGGAGGAUCUGAAAUCGCGAGCGAAAUAUAAAGAGGAAGCUUGGAGCAAAUGUGGAUUUCACCAAAUGUCAUAUGGUUUCUUAGCACAGGGGCUAGUACUUAACAGAUUGUCGUCCGGAGGCACAACAAUCACCACCUCUUGAAUAUACAGACUCGCAUAGGCCUAUGGGAGUUUCUUGCAUGU